UAAAGGCUGCUGAUUGGCUCUCAGCAGUAUCCGGUGGGGCAGCGGUCCAGGGCUCGGGAAAAAAGAUCGAAGGGAGCAGAAUCUGGUAACCGUACUCUUCGACAAAUACCGAGCGUCCCGAGUCACCGUCGAAGGGCUCGGUAGGAUUUUUCUGUAUCUAGGUUAGAGGUCAUAGAACAAGUGCAGUUGUCGUCAUGGCUUCUGGAAGCACGAGCAGUGAAGAGGAGCGAAGCCUGAGGGAGUGUGAGCAGUAUGUGCAAAAACACAACAUCCAACAGCUGCUGAAGGACUGUAUUGUCCAGCUGUGCACCUCCAGGCCCGAAAGGCCUAUGGCCUUCCUCAGGGAGUACUUCGAAAGGCUGGAGAAGGAGGAGGCCAAGCAGAUUCAGAACCAGCAGAAAGCCAGCAGUUCGCGCUCAGACUCCCGUGAUGAGGAGGUGUCUCCGCCCAUGAACCCUGUGGUGAAGGGUCGCAGGCGGAGGGGAGCCUUCAGCGCUGAGGUUUACACAGAGGAGGACGCAGCCUCCUAUGUCAGAAAGGUCAUUCCGAAGGACUACAAGACAAUGGCAGCUUUAGCCAAAGCUAUUGAAAAGAACGUUCUCUUCUCACACCUGGAUGACAAUGAGAGGAGUGACAUAUUUGAUGCCAUGUUUUCAGUCACCUACAUAGCCGGAGAAACCGUUAUUUUGCAGGGUGACGAGGGGGACAAUUUCUAUGUUAUUGACCAAGGAGAGAUGGAUGUCUACGUGAACAAUGAAUGGGUGACAAGCAUCGGCGAAGGCGGCAGCUUCGGCGAACUGGCACUGAUCUACGGCACCCCGAGGGCCGCGACUGUCCGAGCCAAGACCAACGUCAAGCUGUGGGGCAUCGACAGAGACAGCUACAGGAGAAUACUCAUGGGAAGCACUUUGAGAAAGAGGAAGAUGUACGAGGAAUUCCUCAGGAAAGUGUCCAUUUUGGAGUCUCUCGACAAGUGGGAGCGCCUGACCGUCGCCGACGCCCUGGAACCCGUCCAGUUUGAGGACGGACAGAAGAUUGUUGUGCAGGGGGAGCCUGGAGAUGAGUUCUUCAUCAUCCUGGAGGGGUCUGCUGCGGUGUUGCAGCGUCGCUCAGAGAACGAAGAAUUUGUUGAAGUGGGGAGAUUAGGACCAUCUGACUACUUUGGUGAGAUCGCUCUGCUGAUGAACCGCCCGCGUGCCGCCACCGUGGUCGCCCGUGGGCCCCUGAAGUGCGUCAAGCUGGACCGGCCUCGCUUUGAGCGCGUCCUGGGGCCAUGUUCAGACAUCCUCAAACGCAACAUCCAACAGUACAACAGCUUCGUCUCGCUGUCGGUCUGAAGGUGCUCGCUCGCCUCCGCCGCCCUAUUCCCCCCCCCAAUCCUUCCUUCCUCUCUCUGCUCCUUUUAGACCCAGGAUCCACCAAAUGCAAUUUGCUUUCCGCCACUGUCUUCCUCCCCUAGCCCUCCCCCUUGCCCCCCACUUCUCACCCCUCUUUUCUUUCAUGGUUACCACCUGUCACGCCAGGGUGACUUUUUAGCCGUUCACCAGCGCUUGUACCAGCUGCUGUAACGUUACCGUGUAGGCACAGUUGCAUCACGCUCCCUAUGUCAUAUAGCUGCUGGUCCCGCUUUGUUCGAAGCAACGCAGAGCAAAGAUGGCUAGGAUGUUCGAUGUGGGCUCUCAAAAGACAGGACAAUCAAAAACCUCACAUGACUAAUUUGUUCCGCCCGUCCCAUCACAGACACACACAGCAGGCGUGACCGUAGAAGACCAAAUGUUGAAACUUGUGGUCAGUAGGACGAGAUGAUAGCCAGAUUGAGGAAUCCAAAAAGUCGGGUUUUAGUGUGCAGCUCGCAGGCUGGUGCCAAAUGUUUAUAACAAGGUGGAAAAUGUUACCUAUUAUUUGGCGCCUAAAACAGGAAGUCUUUUUUUUUUUUUUUUUACUCUUUUUGUCCUAAUCAAUAGAACAACUCUACAAGAACUGCCUUGAGGAGAAAUAUCUUCAAAAAAAAGUGGGGGGAACAAACUCAAAAGUAUUGUGUAUUUCAGUAUUGGGUUUUUUUUAGUACACACCAAAUAACUUGGUCACUCUUAUGCUCUGGUUUGUAAUCUAGUUAAUGAUCAUCAGCGCAAUGAUUAUUAUGAUUAAACUUAUGGUUUGGCGUGAUGGUGAUCUUUAAAAACUCUGUCUUUUGUAAACACUUAUUUUUCCAUAAAUUCUAUUUUAGGUGUCCAGUGCCACAAAGUAAAUAAAUGCUUCUUGUUGAUUGAUUGACACAGCAGUAUGUAAUUGUAUUGUGUAAAAAUGGGUUCCAACCUCCCCUCCCCCUUCCCAAGUAGAUAAAAUGUAUAGAAACAUAUUUCAGGACAUCAGACAUGUUGCUGGUGUGGAUAUUUAUUUAAAACUUAGCUUUUUUGCCAACUGGAUCAGCUUGUGAUUUUUCUCUGCACUUUUUUUAUUUCAAUUUUUUGAGCAUGAUGUUGUUUGACAUCCACAAUACAAUGAUCAGCAGUGUGUGUACAAAAUACUGUGCAACAGGCCCCCUGCAGCUUUGUGCAGAAGCGUGGACAUUUGAUUUAUGACCCCAUGACUAUUUAGAUGGCCUAUCAAACGUCGCUCCCACUUCACUGUCUGUCUGUUUCCCAUCAGUGCUGUUUCUGAAAAGGUUAGAGUUUAUUCGGAUUGCAGCGUUGUCAUCUUGGUUGGACAUGAUUGUGUUUUCGUUAGCGGAUUAUCUUCACAUGUUGCCCUCCCCUUCAGGCGAUCCUUGUGGAUUUAGUCACUUCCUGUUCAUCUCACUCCACAAGAAACAUCCAUUUGAUAGAGACAAAGGUGUACGUCAGACUAAUGUAAAUAGCUGCAACAUCAGCAUUGGUUUUAAAUGUUUUAGCCACGCUGCAAUCGUCCCGGUUUGCCUUAGCUGACCUUCCCUGGGCUUACAGUAGUUGUCAGUCACUCCUGCCGGUUCCCGACCUUCAAGCGGGUUGGUUUUUGGGCCUGCAGUGCGCUGAACUGCAAGGUGAUCAGAGGACCAUUCUUUUUCUAUACUUACCCUGUAUUCAGUUUGACCUUCUAUAUGUGCAAAUAUGUUUAUUCUUUUUUGGUAUAGAUUGUUCCAGGUGGCAGUUUAAGCAAUAAAAAAGUAAAAAGA